AUGGACACGAGGAAGAGGAAAAAGAAGGUGCUGUUGAUGGGUAAGAGUGGCUCAGGAAAAUCAUCUAUGCGCUCUAUCAUCUUUAGCAAUUAUGUCGCAAAGGAUGUCCGACGGCUUGGAGCCACGAUCGAUGUGGAACACAGCCAUGCUAAGUUCAUGGGCAACCUCACCCUGAACCUAUGGGACUGCGGAGGACAGGAUGCGUUCAUGGACUCGUACCUCAACGCUCAACGCGAGAAUGUCUUCUCCGACGCCGAAGUCCUCAUCUACGUCUUUGAUAUCGAGUCCCGCGCCGUCGAACAAGAUCUUGAGACGUACAGUCAAGUUGUCAAGGCACUGAAAGAGUAUAGCCCGAAUGCCCACGUGUUCUGCUUGGUACACAAGAUGGACCUGGUCCAGCACGAGCUCCGUGAGAAGAUAUACGAGGAACGAUGCCAGAUGAUCGCCGCACGGUCGGAGGGGCUGAGUCUCGAGACAUUCGCAAGCAGUAUAUGGGAUCAGACGCUAUACAAGGCCUGGGCCGGAAUCGUACACAAGAUGAUUCCGAAUCUGGUCAUCAUUGAGCGCUUUUUGGAAGCAUUCGCCAAGCAACUCAAGGCCGAAGAGAUUGUCUUAUUCGAGAGGUCAACUUUCCUGACUGUCACGAACGUGGUUACACAAUCCGGCGAGGACAAUGACAACGUUGACCGACACGAGCGUAUAUCAAAUAUCAUGAAGAGCUACAAGCAUACAGCGGCGAGAAAUACCAGGACCACGGCGGCAAGUGCGGGUUUCCUCUUAUACAAGGUCCAGACGCCACGUUUCAAUUGCUUCCUAGCCAGGUUCACAGAGAACACGUAUAUCUACGUGGUUGUCCCUCCAGGAGAAGCAGCGUUCAACUGCGCGGUGCUGAAUACCAUGAUGGCGAGAGAUGCGUUCAGCAAGAAGACUGGGGUCGAAGGAUGA